UCCACUAAUUUUAGGAUGUACGUCACACAGUAAAAGAGAUGUAUGCUCUUUCCCUUAAAAAGGAGUCGGUUUGUUUUUUGUUCUUAAUAUUAAGUUCUAAAUAGCUUUAAUUUGUCUUCCUUUGAUUCGAAAUUCCUUGAAAGUUCUUGGACAGUGAGAGAUUUAUGAGAAGCACUCUGUCAUUAAUUCACUACUUGACUUGAAUUGGAAUAAACCAAAGACGAGGCGUGCUUUAAAAACUUCCUUUUGACAGUCUAAGAAAACUUCCGCCGCUCUGCUGGACCCGCAAACGUUUCUUGAGCUUUCAAGUUGAGCAAUUGCAAUGAAAAGCAAAUAAAUGACAAAAGACUUCGUCUUAGGUGUUGUGCAAACGCAAACAAAAAAAUUAAAGUGUCGUGUGUACCUUUCCCUGGCGGUGAUCUUACGCAAGCUUCCUGUUUGAGUAUUAAGUAAUAUUUUGACAGGGGAAACGCUCUAUUGUCAAGAGAAGUGUUUAAAAUUGCGACAACAAGGCGCGGUGGAUUCUUAGUGGCAACGUCGUGGUGUUCAGUUGGUUCUUGGUUGUCAGGAAAACGCACUUACAACAGAAUUCUUCCGGUGUUUAACUAAGGCUGGGACAGAGCUGCAAGCAAAUAUAUUGACAACCAGCAGAAAAAAAAAAUGCGAGAACUCAUUUUGCAGGGUGGAGACGUAUUGAAGUUUGAGGAGGAAAAUCGCAGCGGAAAAACAGAUACAGAGAAUUCAUUACCGAUGGAGUUAAAAGAGCACAGCUUCAAAACGUUUUUUGAGCCAUUCAGAAUCAAAGCCGUUGAGAGGAUACAACACACAACUAGAGCACAACGUAUCCAACGUCUUCAAGAAGCAAACUACAAUCCGUUUAUGUUGAACUCCGAAGACAUCAUCAUUGACUUGUUGACAGAUUCUGGCACCGGCGCCAUGAGCUCUGACCAGUGGGCCGCCAUUAUGAUAGGUGACGAGUCAUAUGCUGGCUCGCCAAGCUACCGGAAGUUGGAGAGAGUCGUAAAGGAUAUCUUCGGCUUCCGGCACGUGAUUCCCACGCACCAAGGCCGUGCUGCAGAGCGCAUUUUAUUUCAGUGCAGCCUAAAAGAAGGUGACUUGGUGCCAAACAACGCACACUUUGACACAACUCAAGCAAACGUGGAAAAAUGUGGAGCAAAAGCGGUGAAUUUUCCAGUUCCUGAAGCUCUGGAUCCUAGCAAAAGGGUUCCAUUCAGGGGAAACAUGGAUGUUAAUAAACUGAAAGAGCUGCUGUUGAGCGAACGAAAAGACAAUGUUACCAUGGUUAUGAUCACGAUAACAAAUAACGCCAUUGGAGGAGAGCCUGUCAGUAUGGAGAACAUUAAAAUGGUCUCCAAGCUUUGCCAUCAUCAUGGAAUUCCGCUUUUCCUUGAUGCCUGCCGUUUUGCGGAGAACGCGUGGUUUAUCAAAACGCGCGAGGAAGGCUACGCGCAUCGCACGCCGCUCCAAAUCGCGCGCGAGAUGUUUUCCUACGCCGACGGCUGUACUAUGUCUGCCAAGAAAGAUGGUCUCGUGAAUAUUGGCGGAUUCCUGGCCAUGAACGACGAAGAUCUCGCAGAUAAGUGCCGUCGGGAGUUGAUCAUAUCCGAGGGGUUUCUCACUUACGGUGGGUUGGCCGGGAGAGAUCUGGAGGCGAUGGCAGUGGGAUUGCGCGAGGUUUUAGAGGAAGACUAUCUCCGAUAUCAAGUGGGGUUUGUCAAAAUGCUUGCAGAUUUGCUGAGGGAGCACCGCAUUCCUGCUUUAACUCCUCCAGGUGGGCAUGCAGUGUACAUUGAUGCAGCCGCCAUGUUGCCGCACAUUCCCAAGGAGCAGUUCCCUGCAUGGGCUCUUGGUUGUGCCCUUUAUGUAGAAGGUGGAAUCCGCUGUGGUGAGUUGGGGGGUGUGAUGCACGGCAAAGACCCUCAGAAUCUGGAAGACGACAACGAAUUUGAAGAUGAAAACGGAGAGCUUCUUCGCCUUGCAAUUCCACGAAGGACAUAUACUGAAUCACACAUGAAGUACGUUGCCGAAGUUUUGGAGUACGUUUACAGGCACAAAAAGAAGGUCAGCGGAUAUAGGAUCACGUGGGCCCCUGCUGUGUUACGUCAUUUCAGCGCUCAUCUGGAACCCAUUCCCCUGAGUGAAACCAAAGAGGAGGUGGGACGAGAAGACGAGGACGAGAUCGACGACAUGGAAGACUUCAUUUCGCGCGUGCGUGGAAUGUCGUUCCGUCGGCAGUCAUUUCAGUUUCUUUGACAUUAUAAGAAAGCGUGUAUAUAAUACAGGGAUUACUGCCAACAUAUACAACAAUCAGUAAAAAACACUCUCGAGUGUAGCCUUCAAACAAUUCAGUGCGAGGCUAGUAGUAGAAAAGUGACUUGUGCACAUCAGUCACCGCAGUUUACUUUAAUCUUUCUUUGCUUUGAGCUGUACGUAAACGCUCAAAUUAAACAACAAACUACUUAUUUAAUAAACCUCUUACGUUU